GAGGAGAACACAGUCCAAAACAAGAGCAACAGGCAUGUGGAAUGGCAGCGGGCCAGUAAGUUAAUCCAAGUUGGAAAUUAAAUCCAGCUGCACAUAUAUCCAGACAGCAGUGCGUUCAGAACAGACUCAGGACUUCACUAUGGCUUUUCUCACCUACUUUUUGACUAGAGCCGAUGUGAUAAUAUAUUUUGCAGUUUGCAUUGUUUUGCUUAUCUACUGGUUAAAUGGAUCAAAGAAGAGCAGAGCAAAGAUGCCUCCCGGACCUACCCCUCUGCCCUUCAUUGGUAACCUCCACCAGUUGGACCUGAAAACCCCACACCAAUCUUUGAUGGAGAUGUCUGAGAAGUACGGGGACGUUUUUACUCUGCAUUUUGGACCCAAGAGAGUAGUGGUCAUUGCCGGAUACAAGGCUGUGAAAGAAGCUCUUGUCACCCAAGGUGAUGAUUUUGUAGACAGAUCAAGCUCUCCAAUCUUCGACUUAACAUCAAAGAACCAUGGUUUAGUAUUUUCCCAUGGAGAAGAAUGGAAAUCUAUGAGGAGGUUCACACUAUCAACACUUCGAGACUUUGGAAUGGGGAAAAAAUCUCUAGAAGGCAAAAUUCAAGAUGAAAUAAUUGCCCUCAUAGAAAGUUUUAAAUGUUACAAUGGCAAACCAUUCAAUCCACACUUGAUAGUAAACAGCGCUGUAUCCAAUGUCAUCUGCUCCAUUAUCUUUGGGGACAGGUUUGAGUAUGAUGACCCAACAUUUCAAAAAUUAAUCAAAAUGAUAGGUGAAUAUGCCAAAAUGACGGGUGAACCCAAAGCACUGCUGUUCAAUUUUUAUCCCUUCAUUGGAACACUCUUGGGUCUACAUAAGAAAAUAAUACAGAAUAUCGAAAAUCUAAUAGACUUAAUAAAAAAAAAUGUUAAGAAAAAAAGACUAGAGUUCAACGCCAAUGACAUCACCGGAUAUAUCGAUGCAUAUCUUUUGAAACAGGAACAGGAGUCAACAAAACCUGAGACCUAUUUUCAUGAUGAAAAUCUGUACCAUUCAGUCCUCGAUCUCUUUGAUGCUGGUACUGAAACUACAUCUACAACAAUCCGUUGGGGAAUUUUGUUGAUGAUGAAGUAUCCGGAAAUUCAAAAGAAAAUGCAGGAUGAAAUUAAAACACAUCUUAAACCAGGACAGUUGCCAGCAGUAGAGGAUAGAAAAAAAAUGCCUUAUACUGAUGCAGUAAUACAUGAAGUACAGAGAUUUGCCAAUAUUCUUCCACUGAAUGUGUCACAUGCCCCUUCAACUGAUGUGUAUUUUCGGGGAUACUGCAUCCCAAAAGGUACAGAGGUUAUUCCAUUCCUGACAUCAGUUCUCAAUGACAAGACUCAAUGGAAAACUCCUUAUGAUUUUAAUCCCAAUCACUUUUUGGAUAAAGAUGGAAAGUUUGUCCGAAAUGAUGCAUUUAUGCCUUUUUCAGCAGGAAGAAGAGCUUGUGCUGGAGAAAGCUUGGCCAGAAUGGAACUUUUCCUGUUCUUCACCGGACUUCUUCAAGCAUUUACUUUCUAUCCACCACCAGGAGUUUCCAGGGAAGAUUUAACUCUCAAGCCCGAUGUUGGAUUCACAUUAACCCCUGCAAAAUAUAUGACAUGUGCCAAACUGAACUAGUAGUAUAUUUUGGACACAAUUAACAACACAGAAGCUAACGUUGGUGUUGAUUAUGUUUAUAAGGGGUUUUCUGUGAAAAGUAUUUCUGUAUU